AUGGACUUCUCUCUCCAAUCUCACGCCUCCUUCAUCGGUCGGUCAAUCAAUGACCUCCCCACCCCAGCCCUCGUCAUCAGCAAACCUACCCUAGAGCGAAACAUCAAGCAAUUACUACAAGAUGUCCAGGACCUUGAGAUUUCCUUUCGACCGCAUGUUAAGACCCUCAAGUCCAUCGAAGUCACGCGCAAAAUGCUCGCGAACGGCCUCCACCGGAAGAUCGUGGCGUCCACGGUGUGCGAGAUCCGGGGGGCGAUGCCGUUGGUGCAAGAGGGGAUUUUAGAUGAGUGUCUCUACGGCAUCCCCAUCUACCCCAGCGUCCUGCCCCAGUUAGCAGAGCUGGCAAAGUCCGUCAAGAUAUCACUCAUGCUCGACAACGAGCAGCAUGUUGAUGUCCUGGAGCAGUAUGCCCGCAGCUCUGGGACCGCAGCUCCAUGGCCCGUCUUCAUCAAAGUGGAUGUUGGGUCGCGGCGCGCGGGCGUGGAGACGACGUCCUCGGCGCUGGAGCGGUUAGUGGCGCGAGUUGAGGCAUCAGGCGCAGCUUCUCUGGAGGGGUUCUAUUGUCACGGUGGCCAUUCGUAUGGAUGUCGCACGCGCGAGGAGGCCGUGGAGGUCCUUCGUGCGGAGAUGGAUGGCGUGGUUUCCGCGUCGAGGUAUUUGGAUCUAGAGCGUGAUAGCACCAGGAGGGUUAUUGUUUCGAUUGGGUCCACGCCGACGGCCCAUGUCGUAAAGGCUUUGAGGGAGGAGUUGCCGGGGAAUUUGGAGUUGGAAUUACAUGCUGGUAAUUAUCCUGCGCAUGAUCUCCAGCAGGUGUCGACCGGUCUGGUGGGAGAGUCGGAGCAGGCUGUUCGCGUCCUGGCCGAGGUGUGCAGUGUGUAUCCGGAGCGAAACGAGGCGCUCGUUAAUGCGGGUACGGUUGCGCUGUCCAAGGAAACGAGUGCCGUGCCGGGAUUUGGAUACGUUGCUGGUCGGCCGGAUUGGUCUGUUGUGAGGAUGUCGCAGGAGCAUGGGAUUCUCGGACUAGGGGGUUCGAAGAAGCAGGAGAAGGUGGAAGACGUGUUUCGAGUCGGGGAUAGGGUGAUAUUGUAUUGCCAGCAUUCGUGCAUUACUGCUGCCGCGUUCCACGUUUACUACGUGGUUGAUGAAGAGGAUAUAGUUCGGGAGACCUGGGUGCCGUGGAAGGGGUGGUGA